UAACAUCGAAUAGACUUCUAAAUAACGGACAAAAUCGUCUGGAUAACGUAUUUUUAUUCAUGAUAUUCAUGGGAUAACGGCAUUGUAGCAAUGCGGAAGAUGUAGCCAAGAUGUUGGGGAAGAUGUAAGAAGGGAGAUGAUGAAGAAAUACUAUCUGGGAGGGCAGUGUUUCAUAACGAGAUGGUUAGUAAGUCGCUGACGCAUGCUCAGGCUCACCCACGGCACUUGUGGCUGUCGGUCAAGUGCAGAAAUCAGGCAAUCUCGUUAAACAGUGCAUCACAUCAUCAUAUUCACGUCGAUGAGAUAUGGCUGUGAGCCCUCUGCCUGUGAUGGAAGAUGAGCGCGCAAUGAAAAUCAGCGAAUCGCGCAAUUAGCGGUGCAGAAGGAAUGUUGUGUGGGAGCUGUGUUGUGGGUGCACUGGCGCUUGCAAUGCGUGCACAACUGCUGAUGUUGAAGAAAUGGGGGAGCCGCACACACACAUCAUCGUUGAAGGGCUUCGAGCCAUAGUGCUCCACCGUGGUGCCUUCAGUGGGUGUUUGGAUGCACUCCAUGGCUGAUCUCAGACAAUCUCGCGACUGCUGCAAGUGCCGUGGCGUAGAAUGAAGUUUGGCAAUUACAAUUUGGCCAGUGCGCGUACGGAAAAGUCAACACGGAGUCUCUUGCUCUUCCGCUUUAGGAAGGUCAAGAAUACAGCUAAUCAGCUCGUGGGGCGUUUUCAUCACAAAAUUGGCACCUUCCGGAAGACACGCAGUGAAUCUCCGCUCUCCUUCCGGGCUUCAUUGUUUGAUCGAACAAAUACAAAACCCGCGGAAAAAGUGGAGAAGUUCAGUCCAGCUGAUUUCCCAAAAACCCAUUUCGCCGAGGAUAAUCACUAUGUCUUUGGAAGUGACCUGAAGCGAUUAGUGCUGAAUCACAGGCUCCUUGGGAGGCGAAAUCCCAUUGCAAUGGAGCACCUGUACUCCUCAAUUGGACGCCCUGAACCGGAUGAGGAUGCAGCAUCGAAUCCUGUUAGCACUUGGCGCACAAAUCGCAGCCGUGGGAGCAAGAUCCCACAGAAUCAGAUCACCGGAGAGGCGCGAAAUGUGGAUACAAGAGCUGCUCUGGAGGCACAACAGGUGGACGAGGAGUUGGAGUAUCAGGUGUUGAAGGAUUACUUUGACACGUACUCCUAUUCGGAAAUCAUAAAGGAUGCAGACUUUAAGAAUUAUCUGAGUAUGAAGAACUACAAUGAUAUCUUGGAGUACCUACAGGCGGAAAGCGUGACGGGAAGUGCAGUGAAUACGCUCAAGUCGAGGAAAUCAAUGGAUGCCACAUUGACACGUACACGUGGCUCACGUGGGGACUAUCGGUCCAUGAAGAAGAAUAGUACGCUCAAUAAUACGAGAAACAAUCAUGCUUACGAAGAUGUUGAGUUGCGGAAGUAUGCAACGCUGGAGUCAACUGUUGCACGGCGUGGACGCUACAAGACAAUGAAUGAGAGCUACACGCUCAGGAGGCAACCAAAACCAAUCCCAAAAGUCAAUCAGGAUGCCCUCAAGGCUAGAGAUGCCAACAUCAACGACCACUACUCGACAUUCCCAACGCAGUCAAAGGUGAAGAAUAAGAACUUCACGCACAGCCUCAAACGCAUCAAGAAUGUCUUCAAUACGGACAAGCAGAAGGCAACAAGCUGCACAAACAUCCAGUCCCCAAAGGACAACGUCUACAAGGAGAAUAUCUUCAAGUAUCACGAUAAGAAUUGCUCCUACGCACGGAGUUACUGCGAAAUUAUAAACUUCUGCCAGAAGUUCUUCACUGAAGCAAGUAGCAGGAAGAAGAACCUCCCAUACUGCCGUAAGAAGUUCUCCGAAAGUGACUACAAUCACGUCAUUGGAGCUUUCAUCAAGUCCAAAGGAUACACGAGCACCAAGGAGUACGUUGAGGUGAAAUUCGGGAAAAUUCUCAAUCGUGCUCUGAAGUCCAAUGCUAUCUUCACAAAGCCAAAAGGCGUUCGACGAACCCGGAGGAAUCCUGAGAAUGAACGCAAAGCAAUUCAGAGAUUCCUCUAUGAGGAUAUGUUUAAGACUUUUGACUACGUAAGUCGCUUCCCACCGCGAUCGGUUUGUAGUAGCUGUGGACAGCUCACGAGUAAGGAUGAGCUGUACAGGAAUACCGAUACGUGCUUCAAUAUCCGGUAUCAGGAUAGCAAUAUUGGGGAAACACUACGAAGAGGAGAGGCACGGAGGGAUGCAAGAAGGGAACAAUGGGACAAUGAUGAUGAUAUACCGGAAUUUUGCUACAAUCUCAACUACCAGCCUGAGGAAACGCGCCAUAGAAGGAGUCAUCAAGUGGAAUCAACGUGGAACAUGCCAGAUAGCUUGGAGGACUCUUCCGAGACUCUCUGUUCCAGUGAAAUGGCUGUAAAGCCCCUUUUAACUGAUUUGUUUUCUUUUUAAAUUUAAUUUCUAAGUUUUGCCUUUCUUUUGGGUUCUUUGCAGGGCUACCGGGAUCAGAUGCUAUCCGAAGAGAUGGCUGCUCUUGUUCCACCUGGUCUUCAGGGCAAA